GUGUGUGUGUUUAUGAGAACGUGCUGCCAGUCCCUCCCGCUGCUCAAACAGACAUACACAGUCCUUACCAAGUCUGAAAGGGGCUUGUCAGUUAUUUAUCACGGACAGAUAUGAGGAAACAGAUAGUGUAGUGUGCCUCCGAAACAGAGCGACGGCGUGGACUGGCGGGACUUUGAUCUGGCGAGUGUAUGGGUUGGUUUGAAUUGGAUGUGUGGACGUGGGAAUUCAUCCUGUAACGAUUCACGGUGGUGGAUAUGUGUGUAGGAGAAGGGCAGAGAUGCUGCAUGAAAGGAAAUGUGACAAGACUGUCACCGCAACACUGUGAGCACAAUUGUGGAGAGAAAGGCCUCGGAUUGAUGCAGCCGUCGUUGCUCAGCCUGAAAGAAAGGCUCCUCCUCAUCUUCCCGGCCGCCUUUUGAGGCCGCGGCGCUGCUCCCGCCAAGCGGGAGGAGGGGCGGGGGAGGGCGAGGAGGGAGUUGAGCUAUCUCGGCGUUUUCCUGCUUUCUUCCUGACAGGCCAGGCUCCCCGAGCGUCCUCAGGCGGCAGGGGGCGGCGCCGGGUCCGGCAGCCGGGCUCCUUCCCUCUCCUCCUUCCUCCUCCCUCCUUCGCUUACUGCGCUUCGGAACAUGGCGGCGGCAAUAACGGUGGCGAGGGACUGAGAGAGUCCCGGAGCCUCAGCACACGGCGGCUGGUCGCAGGAAGUGGAUGUUGCUUCCUUUCUCCAGAUUCCAGAUAAGCUGUUUGAGAUGCUGAUGAAAGCCACUUAGCUGAUAACUUCAGUUUAGUAAACCUGAACCAGUUCCAGACUGAGCAACUGCAACAGGCAGUAUAAUGCGGAAGCCAAGCCCUCAGAAAGGUCACUUUGCCUGGGAUAAAUACUUGAAAGAGACGUGUUCCAUCCCAGCUCCUCCCCAUUGCUUCAAGCAGUCAUAUACCCCACCGACCAAUGAAUUCAAGAUCAGUAUGAAACUAGAAGCCCAGGACCCUCGAAACACCACUUCCACCUGUAUUGCUACUGUCGUUGGACUGACAGGUGCCCGUCUCAGAUUACGCCUAGAUGGCAGUGACAAUAAGAAUGACUUCUGGCGUCUGGUGGAUUCUGCAGAAAUACAGCCCAUUGGCAACUGUGAAAAAGUUGGAGGCAUGCUGCAGCCUCCUUUGGGGUUUCGGCUGAACGCUUCCUCUUGGCCAAUGUUUCUCCUGAAGACUCUGAAUGGAGCAGAAAUGGCUCCUCUUCGGAUUUUCCAUAAGGAGCCACCAUCUCCAUCUCAGAACUUCUUUAAGAUGGGGAUGAAACUGGAGGCUGUAGACAGGAAAAACCCACAUUUCAUCUGCCCAGCAACAAUUGGUGAAGUGCGUGGCUCUGAAGUCCUAAUCACUUUUGACGGUUGGAGGGGAGCCUUUGAUUACUGGUGUCGCUAUGACUCUCGUGACAUAUUUCCUGUUGGUUGGUGUUCACUGACUGGUGACAAUUUGCAGCCCCCUGGAACAAAAGUAGUGAUUCCAAAAAGCCCAUUUUCUACCCCUGAUGUGAUUUCUGAAAAGAGCACCAUGCAUAGUGGCACAAAAACUCUUCUGGAGCAUCAUCCUGGACAGAGGGGGCGCAAACCUGGUCGCAAGCGUGGCCGGACAUCCAAGGCUUUGACUAACCACCCCAACUUUCCCCCUUCAAAGGCAAUGGAGCCUUUGAAAUUCCCCAAAAAGAGGGGACCAAAGCCUGGCAGCAAGAGAAAGCCUCGAACAUCAUUAAAUCCAGCACCCACCUCCCCUACAACCAGCACUCCUGAACCUGACACUAGUACUGUACCACAAGAUGCAGCUACUAUCCCCAGCUCUGCUAUGCAUGCUCCUACAGUUUGUAUCUACUUGAAUAAGAGUGGCAGCACCGGUCCUCAUCUGGACAAAAAGAAAAUCCAACAGUUGCCUGACCAUUUUGGACCAGCUCGAGCAUCUGUUGUUUUACAGCAGGCUGUUCAGGCUUGCAUAGACUGUGCUUAUAAUCAGAAAAUAGUUUUCUCAUUCCUGAAGCAAGGCCAUGGAGGUGAAAUCAUUUCAGCUAUGUUUGAUCAUGAGCAGCAUACUCUGAACUUACCAGCAGUGAAUAGCAUCACUUAUGUCCUCCGCUUCCUGGAGAAACUCUGCCACAAUCUUCGCAGUGACAACCUCUUUGGAAACCAGCCAUUCACUCAGCACCAUGUGCAACACUCCCGCGAGUAUGACCACAACAGGUACCUACCAGACGGGAGCAUUUCGUUAGAUGGCUCUCUACAGGGACCAGGCCGGGGUACAAAGCGGUAUUCCCAAGAUUCCCCUCUGUACAGUGAUACUCUCUCCCCCAAGUUACCAAAGAAUGACCAUCACCCUUUGGAAGGUGAAACUUUCAUUUUUAAUGAUGGCCUCCCAGGUCCUUUGGAACCUCUCCUGGACCCUAUGGAUUCUGCCUUGAAUGCUGUCAGUGCAUCCAGUCCCAGCAGGAACUCAAGAGACUACAGACUUCAGGGAUACAGGCACCUUCACCAGCCCUCAAGCCUCACUCAAUGUGGUAUCUCUGUCUUGCAUAGGCUUAGUGCUGGGGGGUCAGAUAGAUACCUUGGUUCUCGAGACACCUCACGGUUGGGCACCCGGGACCCUUCUGCUUGGAGAGUGGAAGACGUCAUGCAGUUUGUGAAGGAAGCUGAUCCCCAGCUGGGACCCCAUGCAGAUCUCUUCCGAAAACAUGAAAUCGAUGGCAAAGCUUUGCUUUUAUUGCGCAGUGACAUGAUGAUGAAGUACAUGGGCUUGAAGCUGGGGCCAGCACUGAAGCUCACCUAUCAUAUUGACAAGUUGAAACAGGGCAAGUUCUGAAGAGGAGACAAAUUCUCCUGGUGUAGUCUUGACCAAAGUGGUGGUCCCAGCUGCCCACACCGGCAGAUAACUCAUACCUACAUUCCCCAGCCACCUUAUUGCAAUUGAUAAGGACACUGUCUUUGCCAACACAGAAGAGGUGUCCUGGAGGAAAACCCUGCACACCCCAGACCAGGAACCGAAAAUCAAAGACUUUUUGCUACAAAGGAUCGGAUUUUUCUUCUGCUGUUUGAUAGCAGAGUUUGGGACCACAAUCCACUUUACUAAAUUGCUCUUUGUGUGCAUGGAGCUCUGGCCCAGCUACACCAGAGUCUCCCACUGGACUCUUUGACCCUUCUUUUUCAGAUGCACUGAGUUCUUUUACUGUCCUCAAGAAUCUUCUUCAUGUUGCAUUGAGUACUUUUUGGACUCAAAUUGGGCAAUGACAGGUGGCGAUGUUCCUUUUUCUGUGCCAUAUGGAAAUUACUGCAGAGAAUCAGCUCUGGCCUAAGACAAACAGCUGCCGCUAACCAUAUUGUUCACUCCCUUAGGGUGGGUUGGAUUAUGGCCAGGAAAACUUCCUUAGACCUCCCAUGCGGGUAUAGAUAUCUCUUUUCACCUCCAUGGAGGUCUCAAGCUAGCAGUUUCCAUUUGUUGCUGCCAUAAGGGCAGAAAAAUGUUAAUAUUUAUUUGGAGUAAGGGGAGAGAAAUUAUAAAGCAUACAGCACUAAAUUUGCGUUAGUAUCACCAUCAUCCACUGUUCUAUCUCUAUAAGUAAGCUGGAAGGAAUGAGGAGGAUCCUUUACCUAAGUGUCAGAUCAGACAACUGAACAUCCCAUCCCUCCUCCUUGAGUCUGAAAUGUUUUUCUACUUGCUGUUGAAAUGGCAACUGUUUUAACUUUUUUUUCUGGGGAAUUAAAUAUUUCUUAUUCAGUGAUGGUACCAUUUAACUUUCCCCUCCAGUUCUUGCUGUACCUACCUGGUAGGUAUAUAGGAUGUUGACUUGAUGAGAAAAAGAGUUUAGAAUGGUUUGUUCUUCUUCCAACUCAAGUGGUGGAACAUGAUUUGCUUUGGUUGUAUGUAAUCUGGAAAAUGUUUACUGUAUUUAUUUUUACAGCACUUCAUCAGUGUCCUCAUAGUUGAGGGCUGGUGUUGCUGGCAGAAUGAAACAUAGGAAAAAAACAGCAACAAGCUGAUGCCCUAAAACUAUCCUCCUGUUGAGAUCCAUGACUUAAGUCUUCUUUGUUUCCAGAAAGCAAAAGAGGUGGUGGUUUCUUCCACCACUUCCAGAAUAAAGUAAACAACAAAAAAGUA